AGCGUUGGAACGCCCCUUGUAUUUUCCGUCCGAAUUGAGCCAAAUGUACCUGUCUCCUAAUCACUCAACUCUAUUUUUGAAAAUUAUAUUUAGUCAAUUCUGUGAUCUUGAAGAGUGUACAACUGUAUGUUAUUGCAAACUUCUGAAAAUGGACCUUAAACUCGUUUACAGUGAAAAAGGAAAAGUGUUGCUUCUUUUCAAUAGUUACAAGUACAAGGAAAUAAGUGCACUUAAAUUCACAGGAGAAAAGAGUUAGUGAUGCACAAAAAAUAGUUGUUCAGCACGUCUAUACACCGUAGGAACUAAUCCAAUUUUUUCAAGAAAAAUGGGUGAACAUCAACACGACGCUUAUGAUGACAAAAUUCUGACUAGACACACCAUAAGCAAUAGCGUCAGGAGGAAAAUUGAUGAAAAUUUUUGUGACAGGCCGUCCAAAAUCAUUCAUCAAGAGUUGGAUGCAAACUCUGUCAAAUUAAUAACAAGAAAGGAUGUGAAAAUGAUUAGGAAUAACAUCUCCUAUACAAAGAUGACAAAAAUGCCAAAUCUGCCACAAUCAACAGGUGACGUGCAUGACUACUGGGAAGCUUCUGAAAUAAAGGACAUUCCAGGCGGGAAUUUUCUUCUUCACAUUGACAAAAUUAAUAAUAUUAUAAUUUUAUCAUCUGAUAUGAAUAUGGAAUUUUUAUGCAAUCAAGAUAUUCUCCUUGGAGAUAGAACUUUCCAAUAUUGUGAAAAACACUUUUUACAAUUAUUUACCUUACAUUCUUAUAUGAAUGGAUAUUACCUUCCACUGGUUUUUUGUUUACUAAAAAACAAAAAGGAGAGGACGUAUGCUGAAGUUUUUCGGAUCUUACAACAAAAGUGUGCUGAAACAGGAUUUAAAAAGUUGCAGCCGACAACAGUCGUUUUUGACUUUGAAAUAGCCAUGCAUUUGGGUCUGAAGGAAGUUGUUAUGAAUGUGGCUAUUAUUGGAUGUCGAUUUCAUCUCGGACGGUCGUGUACUUGGACCACGAGGAAGUUGGAAAUGGAUUUAUGGACCUAGUCGCAAUCCAGCCAGAAGACGCGAGACUGGAGCUGUUUAGAUUCUAUUUAGUGGAAAACUACGUUGGACUGGAGGCACUGUAUCCUCCACAUGUUUGGACAUCAGCCUCUGCCGAUCUGUGGCUAACUACGAAUGCAUAUAAAUCGUUCCAUUCGAAAUUAAAUGAUGCCUGUCCGACCUCACAUCCAAAUAUUGAAGUUUUUAAAAAUCAUAAAACGAAGUGCAGACUUCGAGCUUCAUCACAAGGAAUAGCCUAGCCGACGCAGAAACCAAGAGGAACGGAGUAAUAAAAAAACAAAAUUUUCUCUGUUCAAAAAUCCAGCAGUACCAAAACGGAGGUUUCGAAACGAAGUUAGAUUUUAUCAAGUGUCUUUCGCUAGUCACCAACCGCGUUAGGGUUAAAUUACUUACCAUAAUACCAUAAUACAAUCCUUUACAAUAAUAAAUUGUUUACUAUCAUUAAAAUGUUCUUAAAGAUUUAGAAGUUAGUUAUUUACAAUGAAUUGCAUCGAAAAAAUCAACUUUGUGCCUCCAGAACUAGACAAAUAGUGCGUUUGUUAAUUACGGUAGUUUCAGUAAUUAUUAACUUAUAUUUGGUUGCCAAAUAUUAUACUUAGGUUUUAUUUCCAAGUAAUAUGUGAUCGAUUCCAAAGAAAAAUCUUUAUUU